GUCUCUUCUUCCACCUGUCACCGUUUUUGAUGUCCCACCUCAUUAAUCCCGAUCGGCCUCUUAUUGUGGGCCCAGAGGUUCCCGCACAACCGUAUCCGUAUCCUAUUUCCGGUACCGUUGUCAAAGGCUAUGGUCGAGGUUCCAAAGAAUUGGGGAUCCCUACAGCCAAUUUGAGCGAGGAUGCACUUCAGAUGAUGUGCAGUGAAUUCACAACGGGUGUCUAUUACGGUUGGGCCCAAAUCGGGGAAGUGAACUCCAAAGUAUAUCCAAUGGUGAUGAGUUUGGGCUGGAAUCCGUACUACAAGAAUGAGAAACGCUCGGCUGAGGUCCAUAUUAUCCACGAAUUCCCCGAAGACUUUUACGGCACUUCUAUCCGAGUGAUUGUUCUCGGUUAUAUUCGCCCUGAGCAAAACUACCCGUCAUUAGAUGCGUUAAUUCGCGAUAUUAGAACCGAUGUUGAAGUUGCCAAGCACUCUUUAAAACGAUCUCAUUACGACGAAAUUCGACACCACGAUCUUUUUACCAAGCAAUAAAAGGUUGUCAGCUACGGGGUUUUUUGUGUGCAGACCUUUUUUUUUCUGUAUAAACAAUCCACUUAUACUAAUA